AUGUCGGCCAGCCAACUCGGUGCCGUAGUGCGCUGCUCCCACGAGGACUCUUGCGAGGACCAGCAAGUUCAAGACUCCAGCGCUGACGCUCGGGCCCACCACGUCUCCUCCAGCGCCGCAGUGACAAACAACAAGCGCAAGCUGGAGCAGAAGGAGGGCCAGCCGGUGCAAGACGAAUCCAAGAAAGUCUGUGCCAUCCCACGACACGGGCAACUGGGCAAGCAACGUCGCUUCAGCUUCCUCGGAGAGAAAGACACGUGGCACUUGGCGAUGGAGCUGGCCAACCAUUGGGAAGGUCACCCGCCUGCAAAAACCGUGCGUCAUCCUUCUGACGCGGGCUUGCAGGAGAGCAGUGACGUCAGCGACACCGACAGCGAGGCCACCUUGGAAUGGGGCAAGCACAGUCCGGUAAAGGACUUGCAGACAGACUUCGACAAGGCAGACGAUGCCGCAGACUACGACGUCGACGAGGCAGAGCUAAAGAGAUGUCUUGCCGAGUUCAGCCCUCGUGAACACCGCGCAUUGCCUGGGCCUCCUAGCAAGGUAGACGACAUUGAGCCUUGA